AAGUCCCUUGAACUCUCUAUAUAACCCUACUUUGGUACACAUAAAAGAGACACACCAAAUCACCAAUCAACAAAGUAGAAAAAGAAAAGAGAGAGAGAUGGCGAAUGCGAAGAUGCCCUUCUGUCUUUUGGCCUUCUUUUGUCUGUUAUUACAGUUAUUUUCCAUCUUCCAUAUCGGGAAUGCGGAACUGGAGAUGAAUUAUUACAGAGAGAGUUGUCCUAGAGCGGAAGAGAUAAUCAGACAACAAGUGGAGACGCUUUACUACAAACACGGUAACACAGCCGUAUCUUGGCUCCGUAAUCUCUUCCAUGACUGCGUCGUCAAGUCGUGUGAUGCGUCACUGCUACUAGAGACAGCGAGAGGUGUGGAGUCUGAGCAAAAGUCAACGAGGAGUUUUGGUAUGAGAAACUUUAAGUACGUUAAGGUUAUCAAAGACGCACUUGAGAAAGAAUGCCCUUCCACAGUCUCUUGCGCUGAUAUUGUUGCUCUCUCUGCUAGAGAUGGUAUUGUCAUGUUGAAAGGGCCAAAGAUAGAUAUGAUCAAGACAGGAAGGAGAGACAGUAGAGGAAGUUACUUGAGUGAUGUUGAGACUCUAGUUCCUAACCACAAUGACUCCCUCUCCUCUGUUCUCUCAAACUUUAACUCCAUGGGCAUCGAUGUUGAAGCAACCGUUGCUCUAUUAGGUGCUCACUCCGUUGGUAGGGUCCAUUGCGUUAAUCUAGUGCACCGGCUAUACCCAACGAUUGACCCGACUCUAGACCCAGAUUACGCCCUUUACUUGAAAAAUCGUUGCCCAAGUCCAAACCCGGAUCCGAACGCAGUCUUAUAUUCCCGUAAUGACCGUGAGACUCCCAUGGUUGUGGACAAUAUGUAUUACAAGAACAUCAUGGCUCAUAAAGGGCUCCUUGUCAUCGAUGAUGAGCUAGCCAGCGACCCGAGGACGGCACCUUUUGUGGCCAAGAUGGCUGCGGACAAUGGUUACUUCCAUGAACAAUUCUCACGCGGUGUCAGGCUCUUGUCCGAGACCAACCCUCUCACCGGUGACCAAGGGGAGAUAAGGAAGGAUUGUCGUUAUGUGAACUCUAAAUGAUUAUAAUGUUGUGAAAGAUAAUAAUAAUCAUGUGUGUGUGUAUGAAUGUAUGUAUGUAUGUAACUAUGUAUGUUAAUGGUUUGAAUUCAAUAAGAAGAAAUAUCAAAUCAUUAUGGAUUGAGAUAUAAUAAAAUCGUCUAAAGGUCCGAUGAGUUUUUUUUU